UAACAGUGGAUGUGCCUAUCGCUGUUAAAAAGCUCAAAAUGCUGGUCAGCGCUUUGAUUAAUUUAUAGCUCAUUGCCAUUGGUUAAGUACGAACACCUCCAAUGAAGAGGUCAAGGACGAACUCAAUGUCGGGACGACUUCAGAGAUGACGACUGAGAAGCAACGAAUCAAUCUGGAUGAGCCUCGGUAUGACCAGGGAACUUUUUCUGGGCGCCUCAAGCAUUUCUUCAUAACAACAAAUCCCUUGAAUGUGCUGGCCACCAACAAACAACUGGAAGAAGCAAAACACAUAGUCGAAAAAUACAAGAGUGGAGAUGACUCGGCCAACCUGACUGAGGACCAGAUCUGGGCAGCUAAGCAGCUGUAUGACUCCGCCUACCACCCUGACACCAAGGAGAAGAUGUUCAUCCUCGGUCGAAUGUCUGCACAGGUCCCCUGCAACAUGACCAUCACUGGCUGUAUGCUCACCUUCUACAAGUCUCCAAAAGAAGUUAUAUUCUGGCAGUGGUUUAACCAGACAUUCAAUGCCAUUGUAAACUACACCAAUCGCAGUGGAGAGUCUCCAAUAUCAAACAGCCAGCUUGGCAUGUCAUACGCCCUGGCAACGGGGGGUGCUGUAGGAACAGCCUUGGGCAUCAACAAACUAGUCAGUCGUAUGCCUCCAUUGGUGGGCAGGUUUGUCCCUUUCACGGCCGUGGCUGCUGCCAACUGUAUAAACAUACCUUUCAUGCGCAGCAGAGAAAUCAUGCAGGGAAUUCCCGUGUUUGACUCGAAAGGUCGUCGUUUGGGGGAGUCCAGCAACGCAGCUAAGUCGGCUAUCGCCCAGGUCGUGAUAUCAAGGGUCUGCAUGGCUACUCCUGGAAUGAUCUUCCCUCCUAUUUUAAUGUCAUGGCUAGAAGAGAAACAGUUCAUGAAGGCACGCCCCUGGUUGAAUGCCCCGAUUCAAGUUCUAGUUGUGGGCUUCUUCCUUGUUUUUGCCACGCCAUUCUGUUGUGCCCUGUUCCCACAAAAAAAGUUCUAUGGCUGUGAGCAGUUUGGAGAAGGACUUGCAAGAGAAAAUCAAGGCGCUUCCAGACCCAGUGGACCGUGUCUACUUCAACAAGGGAUUAUAAUGACCCGUUAUCUGUAUGUGCCAAACAAUAUGAACAUUGAACAAUAUAGCAAUCUAUUUUGGGAACACAUGUAUACUGUAGAUAACAGAGAAUAUUUGAGUAUUUUGAGGUUUUGUGCCAGUUAGUGUCAUCAUAUCAUUCAUAUGCUGCUAUCAAUGUUAUAAGACAUGUCUCUGUGUAAUCUGUAAUCAGUUAUACAUGUAAGGAUUUUAAUUUCUGUGAAAAAAAAGCAUAAACCAUAGCGGAUUUUGAGCAUUGUAUUGCAGUUGUUUGCCACAUAAAUAACUUGAAAACUGCUUGCAAAAUCACAACCUCCUCCAGUUUGGGACACUACAUAUCCACUGGGAACUGAGACACGAACCCUCCUUACCAAAACCUGGGCACUACUUUUCACACCCUUAAUCCAAACAGAAUGUUUACUACCUGGAAUAUUGUAUUUGAUUAUUGAUAAGUUUGAAUGUUUUGAAAUACAUGACUCAUGUGUUUGAAAUUUGGAGCACCACUUUUACUUAUAUUGUUAUAUUGGAAUUUACAGGUUAGUGUUGAUGAAUUGUUAUGACUGGUUUGUUUGGGUGGGUGGGGUGUGGAUGAAAAUGUAUGAUGCACAUUUAUGCACUUUUGAAUGCUUUGAGUACUAUAUUUGUUUUUGUUUUUUUUUUUGCUUUCUUUUAACUUUAAUACUUAAGAUCAUUGAUCAAUAUUUUCAAUGGUAAAAUAAUACAAUUUAUAACAAGAUACUAGUAGAUAUAAUAAAACCAAAAAACAAGACUUGUUGAUUUCUUCAGAAUUACAAUGUAUCCUCAAUCUCAGUCAAGAUAGAAGUGACUAAUUAGUCCUAAAAUCAUUUUUAAUAGAAAGUUUUCCCAAACCAAUAAAAUAGUACAAAAAAAGAAAAUGAACAGAAAUAAGGAGCUGGGAAUGAAAGUCUGCAAGUAAAGCCACAGAAAAUAUUUACAAUAAAUAUUAAUCCAUUUUGCUGCCAACAUUGACUUCAAGCUUGUACAUGGUACUUGAUUAGCAUAAACUGCUGCCUUGAUACAUGUAUGUUUCCAAUAUUCAUACUGAGUUUUGUUUUUGCAAGUGUUUACAUGAUAACAUUAAGUCUUUGUUGUACACCAAAUUUUUGUGUCUAUUUUUCUAUUCAAGAAUUUUGAAUUUCUUGUAAUGGUAUUGUGAAAUAUUAUGAAUAAACGGAAUAGGUAAUUGUCAGAUUUAUGUUGUUGAGCUAUUAUUGUUUACUUGUGUGCAUGAGUGAUGAUUUGUAUUUUUGUUUUCUGGGUUUUUCUGGUCAGCAGGACUGCAGUAUUUAUUAUCUCAAUGGUGACAAACGUACCAAACAGUAUCAAACUUAUGGCCAACACACUGAUAUUUGGGUGCUUAUAGAAAGAAUGGGGAGGAUGUCACUAAUAAGGAAACAAUUAUUCUGCAGAACUAGUACAAAAAAUGAAAUAAACUUUUGUGAUAAAGUUCAUACUCAGAUACCUUACAUCCAGAUUGCAUGAAAGGUGGAUGGGGACACUGCAAAAGUGACAGAAAUAAUUUUUGCAUAUCAUGAUAAUGCUCAACUAAGUAUUGCUAACAAUAUUUUAUAUUUAUUUGCUCCGACAAUACAAACAAUUUGUAAACAAAAUAAUAUGUCAGACACUCUGACAAGCACAAGCAAUGGCAAGGAUGCUGAUCUCAGACAACUUACUUAAUACAGCUAGAGCUACAUGUAUUGGGUAUUGUAUGAAAUAAAAUGUUUAAAAAUGUGUUGUAAGAAGUAAAAAGGCUUUAUAAUGGAUUUAUCAAUCAUGUUCUUAAUUGAAUAUAUUAGCAACUAAUACUUUGAUGUAAAAUCACAGAUCUAGAUUUGAAUGAUCAAUCGUGUUGUUGUUUUUGUUUGCAACUAUCACUUUGCUGUUAAAACACAUAAUAUAAUAAAAAUAUUCAAAAGA